UCCUCAUCCCGCCUCCUUUCUUCCUCUCCCUUCACCACUCCCGGGUGGAACCUUCUCGUCCGGAUCGGGACCCGACCUGCAACCGCCCUGGCCCACUGGGGGAAGGGAAAGCGAGGUCAAAGGUGAAAGGUGCUCCACCUCCCCAGGGGAAGAGCCAGGAGGAUGAUGGCCCGCGGGCGGCAGCUCUUUGGGGGGUUCGCCGUCUACUGGAAGCCGCUCUUCCAAGGCCGCCUUCUGCUGGUGACCAACACCGUCAGUUGUGGGGGGCUCCUGGCGGCGGGGGACACGGUGCGCCAAGCCUGGGAGAUCCGGAAGGACCCGCAACGCCAGCGCGAUUUGGCCCGCACAGCCCGGAUGUUCGCGGUCGGCUGCAGCAUGGGCCCCCUGAUGCACUACUGGUACCUGUGGCUGGAUCGCACCUUCCCCGCCGCCGGCUUCGGCGGCAUCCGCACCGUCCUGAAAAAGGUCUUCAUCGACCAGAUCGUGGCCUCCCCGGCCCUGGGAGCGUGGUACUUCCUGGGAAUGGGGUCCCUGGAAGGUCAGUCUCUGGAGCAGAGUUGGCGUGAGCUGGAGGACAACUUUUGGGAGUUUUACAAGAUGGACUGGUGCGUCUGGCCACCCGCACAGUUAGUCAACUUCCUCUUCCUGUCCCCCAAGUACCGCGUCCUCUACAUGAACGUCAUCACUCUAGGAUGGGACACCUACCUGUCUUACCUGAAGCAUCGCCCCAGGCACCCGUCUCAAGGCCCCGGAGAGGAGGAUGACCCCGAGCCCCAAACGCUCGAAAUCCAAACAGCGGGCUAAGCGGCGUCUCCGGACCCCCAACCACCGUGGAACGACCUGCUUCAUUUGUGAGCCGGAGCAGGCCUCCUCAGCUUCGCUCCGUCUCCCGAUAGUGUUUUGGGUCAUUUCUGAGAAAGGGAUGUUUGGGCACGGCCAGGCGGGACCACCGCCGAGGUGGGGAGGAAGCCGUUCCCAACUGAAACUUUCACGCCAAGCAAGACGGAGCGACGCGCGUCUGACGGUCCUCGAUUUCCCUGUCUCCAAGAGGGUCCGUGGCGGGAGCAAGGCGGAGGACUCAGAACAAAUGAGAAUUUGUGGUGGCCGAAUCGGGUUGGCCUCCCAACGGAGACCGGAUCCCUCUUGAUCGAUGUGCCUCUUCCAAAGCUGUGCCAAAUCACCGAUUUUCCUAAUUAAAGAAACGUCUUGAUUGCCUCUUUCCUGCUGCUGAGAUGCUUGUCAACUCCAAGCGACAGGGGCUAGUUUGAUCAGUGCCAGCCUUAAAGGCGUUUGCUGGGACAGGACGAGACGGCUGGAGGGGCCCAAACAGAUUUAGGUGGACGCAGGAGAAGGGAACAGCUGCAAUUCCCCCCCCCCCGACGGGGCCUCCUUGGCAGGGGCUAAACUGGAUGAUCUUGAGGGUCCUUUCCCGUUCUGCAGUCCUAAAAUAAAAUUAUUACUCCCUUCA